AUAUGGGUUCUGAGGUGGCUGAUGACACCAAUGUGGGACCUGCAGAUUCUGAAACAGCUGAUCUCCUGCUGUGGAAAAGAGAAGUUUGCUCUAUCAAGUGAAUUUCAGGUUGUGAGAUCAAUGAAUAAGCAGAAAUGUUGUCAAUGUUCCCCAAAAUUUCUCUCAAACCUGAGGUGGAAGUAUACCUCCGAAGUGUUUUCAAGAAUAAAGAGCUUUUGACUAGUUUGAGUUCUGAGGAGUGGGAUGUCAAAUUUGAAGCUCUUUUAAGCCGUUUGUCGCAUCCUCCAGCUUUCACAAGCGUCAGAGUCAACACUUGCUUGGUUUCGAUUGAACAUGUUAAAAAGCUGUUGACUGAAGAGAUUCAGAAGGAAUUUAAAGGAUGGCCUGUGGAUGAUAUUCCAAUAUUAGAGCAUCCAAAGCUUCCAGAUGUUAUUUUAAUUCCUAAUAUUGGUCCCAGGGAAAAUCUGCAAAGACAUUCCUUUGAAGUGAUUGUGGGAGCUCAGUGUGGGAAUGCUGUACUUCGAGGAGCACAUGUUUUUAUUCCUGGCAUUCUUUCAGCUCCUAAGUUAAUGAAAGCUGGUGAUACUGUUUCAGUGUAUUCAGAUGUUCAUGGAAAAUGCAAAAGGGGUGCAAAGGAAUAUCAGGGAGCAAAAGUAUUUGUAGGGAAUGGAAUUGCUGAAUUGAGCCGCAGUGAAAUAUUUUGCUCAAACUGUACUUUAAGGGGUGUGGGAGUCAGAAUGACUGAACCUGUCUAUGUCACCCCAUCGUUUGAUAACCUAAUGAACAGCUUUCUGUUUUUACAAAACUUGCCAUCAGUGGUAGUGAGCCACGUGUUGGAUCCUAAACCUGGAGAGCGAAUCUUAGAUAUGUGUGCUGGUCCUGGUGGAAAAACUACUCACAUUGCAGCAUUAAUGAACGAUAAGGGUGAAGUGAUAGCAAUUGAUAAGAUUGCAAAUAAAGUAAAGAAGAUAAAACAGAAUGCUGAGAACUUACAAUUGAAGUGUAUACAAGUGUUUUGUUAUGAUGGAACUAAAGCCCUUGCAAAAGAAGGGAUUUGGAAUGAGCAAGAGGGGCCUCCAUUCCCACCAGAAACUUUUGAUCGGGUACUUCUGGAUGCCCCUUGCAGUGGGUUAGGUCAGAGACCCAAUAUGGCCUGUGAUUGGAGCUUAAAGGAAAUCACUUCUUACCAGCCAUUGCAGCGAAAGUUAUUUAGAGUGGCAGUCGAAUUACUAAAGCCUGGAGGCAUUUUGGUCUAUAGCACCUGUACAAUAACAUUGGCGGAAAAUGAAGAACAAGUUGCCUGGGCACUCAGCACUUUUCCUUGCUUACAGUUGCAUCAACAGGAACCUCACCUGGGUGAAGAAGGUAUGAUGGGUGUUGGACUUUCAGAAGAUCAGUUGAAAUUGCUGCAGAGAUUUAAUCCAUCUAGUGUGACUGUAAAGGACACCUUUGUUUCUUCUUCACAUAUGGAUUUCAGUCAGAUGUCUCAUUUAAUUAACUUGGCCAAUAAGGACACAAUAGGCUUUUUUAUUGCAAAAUUUAUUAAGGUACAGGAUGCCUAACAGUUACCAGGACUGGAAUAAACAUCCACAAAUACUAGAGGUCUGAAAUAAAAAGAGAAAAUACUUAAAGGGAAGAUUAUUUUAUUAUAAAGAAUGGAAAUUGAUUAUUGAUGUUUCUGGUGUGUAGCCAUGUCAUUGUAAUAAUUCCCUAUAUGUUUUUAUAAACUGAUUAACAAAAGUUCAACUGACAGCAUCAUUAGUACAUUAUUCCUAUGACAGCAAACCAAAGGCAUAGUUGCUAUGGUAGCAAUAGAUUAUGCCAGCUGUUCAGUGAGAUCUUAUACCACGUGCUGACAAAGGUCAUUAGAGGCUUUUGUAUUUCAUUUAGAAUCCAGAUUACAACAUUUGCUUUAAACCUCUUUCUCUGUUUUUAAUUUUUGUACUUGAAAACAAAAAUGUCUAUCAUGGAGUUCAUGUGAAAUUUAAUGUUGAAUAAGUGCUAAGUACAUAAUAUCCUUUUUUUUUGCUUUAAGUUUGUGUUUAAGAAUAACUUUUAAUAUUUUAAUAAUUAAUUUAAAAGUAGAAUAAGUAUAUUUUAGCCUUUCAUCUUAUGCUUGUAAUAAAUUUUGGAUUUAAGUUUUGUGAUGCAUUUCUUUAAAAGGACUAAAUGACCUGUAGUGGAAUACUAUAUCAUUUUCUUCAGCCGCACAAUAUCUUAGUGCCAUGGUUAUUUCAAAUCUCCACUACUCAACUACGCACCAACCUCUUCCUCAACUUCUUGCAUGUUGCCAGUCUACGUCUCAUUCUGUACCAAAUCUUCCAACUUUUCAUUCAUUCAGCUAUUUUACAACCUAGCUACUUCCGGCCUGGCCUAUUCACUGGUCAGACCAUGGUUCCUAGUUUCUCUAACUGGAGCUGCACUGCACCAUUGUUUCUUUUGUUGGGUUAGGUCUAUAGACUCUCCCAAAGGCAGUAUAUCCUACCUCUGCCAUUUCUAGCUUCACAACCACAGCCCCCUCCCCCACCACCCAUCCCCACAGCUUUAGCCGUAACCCACUGGCAACUAGCUCACUUUUCAAGAAAACAAAACUGCAGAUGUUAGGAUCUGAAAUGAAAACACAAAUGCUGGAUGAACUCGGCCAGUCAAGCUGGUUCUGAGGAAGGAUCACUUAGUUGAAAUAUUAACUGGUUUCUCUUUCCACAGAUGCUGCUUGACUGGCUGAGUUUUUUCAGCAAUUCUGUUUUAGCUCGCCUUUUUCUAUGGUCUUUGAUCUCCUAAUAACAUUUGUUAUCCAGGCAGCACUACUCCUCUGAUUUGGUUCUUGCACCUUUUCUUCAUUCUUUAUCUCUCCAGCACAUCAGGCUUUGGCCAUUUGACUUCUAACUGCUAUUCUUACACUAUCACCCAUUCAAGCUAUUAGUCACUUCAUUCUUGUGCCAAAAAGCUCUUAUGGCAUAAGAGUCCACACUGACCAUCACCACCCACUUACAGUAAUCAUAGAUUAAUCAUCUUAAUUCUCCCCACAUUCUCAUCAACUUCCCCCUCACUGCAAUCAUCUAAUCACCUAAACAUUAAGAGUAAUUUACAGUGGCUAACUAACUAACCAGCUUGUACAUCUUUGGGAUGUGGGAGGAAACCCGUGCAGUCAUGGGGAAAGUGUGCAAACUCCACACCGGCAUCAGCUCUACUAACUGCAUCACUGUGCUACCCUAUAUAUUUUUAAAACGUGGAUAUCUUGUCUUUUCCAAUUUUAUUUAUCUACCAAGUACACAUGCAAGAACAAACAAAACAAAAAAAGUAAUGUGUCAAGAGAUCAGAGGUACUGUUGAAGAUCAACUUGAUUUGAUAUAGAAACUGGAGUCGACUCUAUGGCCCUUGCAGCCUGUCUACCAUUCCAUAAGAUCAUGGCUGAUCCUGAGCUUCAUCUACUUUCCCAGCUGAUCACCAUAAACCUAAUCCCCUUGGUGUCCAAAAAUUAAUUUUUCUCAUCUUUGAAUUUAUUCUACAGCAAUACAGCCCCAAGGUAAAGAAUUUAUGUUUUACAACACCCGGCAUAAAGGAAUGUCCUCUUGUCUUAAUCCUAAA